UUGAAAAAGCUAGAGUUGGAGCAGAUUGAUACCCGGAUGGAAGACCACAAAGAAAUCCUAGGGCUACACGUUAGUGGGGAAGUCGAAAAAGUCGAAGCAAUGGCAAAACCCUUUUCCGUAUUGGUGUCAGGAAAACUACAUGCGCGACCAUAUCCCUGGAAGCCGUGACUGGAAGGAGCUUGGUAGCCUUCUAGAUGCGACCCCUGAACGUAGGUGGCUUAGCAACGGCUUUCACAGAUUCCUAGGUUGCCCAGCGACCGUUGCCACAAGCAACGGCCCACUCUUCCCACCGCCACGCCGCUGCCAAGCCUCCAUUUUGAAUGAGGGAACACCGCGGUGGAGCGAAUGCGCGUUUCUGCCCGCGCAUGCGGAGUACCCGCGGGAGCAGUGGGGCAGGGGGCCGGCGACGCCAGCCGAGUUAGGUGACGAGCGGCGGCCGCAGAGAAGAAGGAGCGCGGAGCAAGCAAAUGGCGGCGGCGGCGGAGGCCGAGUGGGCCUCGCUCUGCGAGAGGUUCCGCAACGCCCUCAACCUCUCCUACGUGGAGUCCAAGAAAGACCCGGAGACCGAGCCCUACCGCUCCAAGUACGGCGCGCGGGAGCUGCUCGAAGGCCUCAAGCAGCUGCUCGGCGCCGGGGAGGCCGGGGAGGCCGAAGGCGCCCCCAGCGCUAGUGAGGAGGCGGACGAGGACGAGCGGCGGCAGCGCGCGGUGCGGCUGGCCGUAGUCGAGUACGAGCUGGGCGUGAACCACACGGACACCCAGGAGUGCUCUGCCGGCGAGGAGCACCUGUACGUCCAGGCCCAGAAUAAUUUGGGUAUCCUCUGGUCAGAAAGAGAUGACAUUAAAACAGCACAGACUUACUUGGAAUCUGCAGAGGCUUUAUAUAAUCAGUACAUGAAAGAGAAUGGGAACCCUCCACUUGAUUCCAGUGAACAUUUUAUGACAGAAGAAGAGAAACUCUCAGACCAAGAGCGAUCAAAAAGGUUUGAGAAAGUCUAUACUCAUACACUGUAUUAUCUGGCCCAAGUCUACCAACACCUGGAAAUGAUUGAGAAAGCUGCACAGUAUUGCCAUACCACUCUCAAACGGCAGCUUGAGUAUAGUGGUUACUACCCAAUAGAAUGGGCUCUCAAUGCAGCCACUUUGUCUCAAUAUUAUCUCACCAAGCAGUGUUUCAUGGAAUCUAGGCAUUGUUUAGCAGCUGCCAGUGUCAUCUUUGGCCAAGCUGGACAGGUGUCAUCUGCAGAGGACAAUGAAUCAGAACAAGACCAGCAAGAUCUUCGACAGAGGAAAGCUGAAAUUGCAAGAUGUUGGAUUAAAUACUGUUUGAACCUGUUACAGGGGGCCCGAAAGCUGCUUGAGGACAACAUUGGUGAGCUGGAUCCAGACAGGCAAUUGGAACUUAGAGCCCAGCAGAAAAAAGAGGAGGAUGAGAAGGAGAAAGGAAGAAAGAAGGCUGUUCUUUUUGGAACUAGUGAUUUGUGUGAUUCUAUUUUGGCCAUGGAAGAGAAAGUGAGUUGUGUGUUUCCAUUAGACUUCAAAGAAGCCAGAGACGUCUUCUUAGUAGGUCAGAAUUAUGUCAAUGAAGCAAAAGAGUUCUUUCAGGUAGAUGGGUAUGUCACUGAUCACAUUGAAAUUGUUCAAGACCACAGUGCUUUAUUCAAAGUGCUGGCUUUCUUUGAAGAAGAUUUUGAGAGGCGUUGCAAGAUGCAUAAGCGUAGGAUAGACAUGCUGGAGCCUCUGUACUCAGGCUUAAACCCUCACUAUUAUCUGCUGCUCAGUAGGCAACUUCAGUUUGAAUUGGCAGAUACCUAUUAUGAGAUGAUGGAUUUAAAAGUGGCUAUUGGCAAUAAACUAGAGGAGCUUGACUCUCACACAAUAAAGAAAAUAAAUUCUCUUGCUCAGAUGGCCAUAAAAUUCUAUGAACUCUUCUUAGAUUCACUGAGGAACCCCGAUAAGAUUUUCCCAGAGACACUUGAGGAAGAUGUUCUUCGUCCUGCAAUGGUGGCCAAAUUUCAUAUUGCACGCCUUUAUGGCAAGCUUAUUACUUCAGAUGGCAAAAAGCAGUUGGAGAAUAUGCAGACUUCCUUGGAAUAUUACUCAUUUCUAGUAGACUACUGUGAGAAGCACACAGAUGCAAUCCAAGCCAUUGAAACUGAGCUAGAACUGAGUAAAGAAAUGGUUGGCCUUCUUCCAGCUAGAAUGGAAAGGCUGAGAGCAAAGCUUUCAACUUUCACCUAAAUUCUUUAUUCCCAUGGCAGUGUGCAAUAUUAACAUCAUGUUUGUCCAAAGAGACAGGGUCCCUUUAUGGCAUUUCCUUGUAGUAAUCCAGCAACUUUUCUUGCAAGCACCUGCUGUGACAAGCAGCAUGGAACCUGUUUCAGAUUGAAAACUGUCCAACAUAGUAGCUCUCCCACCCUUCGAUAUUAAAUAUACAGUGAGUGGUCAACUGAUGCUCUGUAUUACUUGUGCCCUUCUGACAUGCAAGCCUUCCUGCCUUAUUUUUCUCCCUCCACUGCAUGGCCAGUUUUCAACUGCAGGGCUGUUUUCCAGCUGUUUCCUAUAAUAGGGAAUGCGUGGGGUAGAUUGCAUGGCCCUGGCCAUCACCAUAACCUAGGCAUUUGGCUAUGUGGCACUGAUAUAAUUUUAGAUUUAUCUUUAGAUUUUGGUUAACAAAUCACUAAUUUAAUUGUGUCAUGUUUAUUUUUGUAUAUGUUGUACCUCCACCCCGUUUUAAAGGAAUCCAUAAAUAAACAUCCUUGAUGGUACAUUA